AUGGUUGUUGAUUCCGUCCAGCCAUUGUAUGCAUUCCUCCGUUUUGCGGAUCAGGACAAAGUGCCAACGUUGAGUGAGGUGCUCCUGAGAUACACCAUUGUGAAGCAUGAGUAUGAAUCAUUGUAUAAGAAUGAUAGGGAUUCUUUGGAUAAGUACAUGGCAAUUGUCGAUCGUAGAAUGAAUGAUCUAGCCAAUGGGACAUACAUGAAUGCCGCGGCCGCUUUGAACCCCCGCAUGUAUUACGCGUAUGGCACAGGUCCAACCUUGUUCGAAGAUCUCCGUGAGGCAUUUGAGCGGCUGACUGAUGUUACUACUGCCGCGGAAGCACUUAUUGAGGCUGAAACGUAUCGGACAAAGUCUCUCUCAUUCUCAGGUCCUCUAGCUGCACGGAUGGCUUGUGACGGCAGGACUCAUCCGGCGCAAUGGUGGUCCAUGUUUGGUUCAUCUACACCUACACUAUCAAUGCUUGCUAGACGUCUAGUGUCACAGUGCGCCUCAUCUAGUGGUUGUGAGAGGAACUGGAGUACAUUUGCUUUCAUCCACACCAAAGUUCGCAACCGAUUAAGCUACAAGAAGCUCCAUAAGUUGGUGUAUGUCAACUACAACCUAAGAAUACAAAACAACUUGGAUGCAGGUAUCAGGUCAACUCUUGAUGAUGAUCCAUUUCAGCGGCUUAUGGAGCUCACAUUGAAUGAGGAUAACAAUCCGCUCCGGGACUGGAUGGAGACCGGGAGAUCAAAUGCAGCCCCUAAGCUUGACGAGGAGGACACAGAUAGCGACGUACCCUUGCCUACUCACCUGGUGACAAGUGGUGGUGAAGAUGAUGAUGGAAGCAGCAUGGGGAUGAUGUUGAAUGGUGAUGACGGUGGCAAAGUGAUGGUUGGUGUUGCAGCGGCGUGA